CGCGCUAUUGAGCUACUGCAUGUAGGCGCGGUUCCAGACACACUUCCGGGCCGUGAAAUCGAAUUUGCAGAAAUCUACUCUCAUAUUGAAGAUGCUAUUAUUGAAGGAAAUGGUGCAUGCAUUUACGUUUCUGGAGUGCCAGGAACAGGGAAAACUGUCACAUUUAAUGCAGUGAUGCGGCUUCUUCAAGAGCAAGCCGAUGAUGAGUCUGUAUUGCCUUUUGAUUUUGUUGAAAUCAAUGGCAUGAAGCUUACUGAGCCAACACAGGCGUAUGUUUCGUUAUGGCAAGGCUUGACUAACGAAAAAGUCACUCCCAAACAUGCACAAAGCCUGCUUCAAACUCGAUUCACUACUGCUUCACCCAACCGACGAUCAUGUGUUGUACUAAUGGAUGAGCUGGAUAUGCUUGUCAACAAAUCACAGAGCGUUGUUUACAAUUUUUUUGAGUGGCCAAAUCUACCAUACUCCAAACUGGUUGUAGUUGCUAUUGCCAACACCAUGGAUCUUCCUGAACGCAUGCUGAGUAACAAAAUUUCCAGUCGUUUGGGUCUGACACGGAUUACAUUUCAGCCAUAUACCCAUACUCAACUGUUUAGUAUUGUCGAGGCAAGACUCAGAGGAAUACAGUCAUUUGAUCGCAAGGCCAUUGAGUUUUGUGCACGCAAAGUAGGCGGUGUUUCUGGAGAUGCUCGCCGGGCAUUGGAUAUCUGCAAGCGUGCAGUGGAGAUAUUUGAAGCCACGUCCAAAGGCACUACAGGUGAAACCAUCACUGUAAGGCAUAUUGACAAAGUUGUAGACGAAAUGUUUUCUACACCGAUAAUCAAAACGAUUCGAUCCAUCAGCGUCCAACAGCGGUUAUUUAUUGCUGCUAUUCUAAGACAAGUACGCUUUUCUGGUACCAGCCAAGUGACGUUUGGCCAAGUAAGUGAUCAAUUGAUGUUAAAACGUCUGCUCAACACACCAUGCAGCAUUUUUUAA